GCGACACCUCCGACAAAAUACGCGAAGAACACGCUUCAUUCCAAGCCGAAGCUCAGCUGCCAAGGAACGUCAAAUCGGCUGUAAGCCGAGGCUGACAUCUCAUCUGUACCCCACAGGCAUACUCGGUGGCUUGCAAUUACUUCACCCCUUUUUGGCACGUCCGUCGUACGUCGUACGUUCUUCGUUAGCAGCGGUUGAGCCUCGAUCCGGCCUGGAACACUACCGGAUCGCCUAUUUCGACUGGUAUAUUGUCAAUCUCUACGCGUUUCAUUGCGUGAACAUAUCGAUAUGGCCAGCAGUUCAACACAUUCCGCGAGCUCGUCGCGAGACUUCACAGCGCGCCAGUCCGCGAUGCACCGACAAGACUCUAUGAAGAAGGGUGCUAUCACCGCAGAGGCCGACCUUUCCGUCCAUGGCUUGAUCGGGCCUGCGCCUGAGGUCGACAUCGAGGGCAUCAAGCCAGGUGCUAUGAUCUGGUUCUUGACCUUUAUUGCUGGUAUCUCUGGUCUUUUGUUCGGUUACGAUACUGGUGUUAUCUCCGGUGCUCUUGUCGUUAUCGGCACAGAUCUCGGAGGCAAAGCCCUUACUUCUUUCAACAAGGAGCUCAUUACCUCUGCUACUGCUCUCGGAGCUCUUCUCGGUGGUCUUGGCGCUGGUUCUCUUGCCGAUUUUAUUGGUCGAAGAUGGGUUAUCGGGGUCGCCAACGUCAUUUUCGUGGCUGGAUCCAUCAUUCAGGCCGCUGCUCCUGAUCUCUGGACCAUGAUCGGUGGUCGUUUCGUUAUUGGUUGGGGUGUCGGUCUUGCCUCGCUCAUUGUUCCCCUUUACAUUGCCGAGCUAGCUCCUGCAUCAUACCGUGGACGUAUGAUUGUUAUCAAUGUCUUGUUCAUCACCUUCGGUCAAGUCGUCGCUUACGCUAUUGACGCUGCAUUUGAGCAUGUUCACGGUGGGUGGAGGUACAUGGUUGGUGGUGGUGCCAUCCCCGCCAUCGUCCAGCUCGGUACCCUCUUUAUCUUGCCCGAGACCCCUCGUUACCUCUGUCGUAAGGACAAGCUUCAGGAGGCUGCUGCUGUUUUGCAGCGUAUCUACCCUUCUGCGGGUUCCGCUGAGAUACAGGCCAAGAUUGAGAACAUCCACGCUGGUGUCAAGGAGGCUGGUCAGCGUCACGGCACCUACUGGCAGAACCUCGUUAACACGCUGAAGAAGCUUUACUUGGUUCCUGCUAAUUUCAGGGCUUUGGUCAUUGCCUGUGGUCUUCAGGGUAUUCAGCAACUUUGCGGUUGGAAUUCGUUGAUGUACUUUUCCGCUACUAUCUUCCAGACCGUUGGAUUCGCCAACCCUAUUGCAACGUCCCUCGUCGUUGCUUGCACCAACUUUGUCUUCACGAUCGUCGCAUUCAACCUCAUUGACCGCAUCGGUCGUCGUCGCAUUUUGCUUUGCACCGUUUGGGGUAUGUCACUCGCUCUGGUCCUCGCUGCCAUUGCUUUCCACUACCUUCCCCGUAACGCAUCUGGCGAGAUCGAGGCCUCUCACUCUGACCCAUGGGCUGCCGUGGUUCUCUUUUCUAUGAUGCUCUUUGCUGCGUUCUACGCUACCGGUAUCGGAAACGUCCCUUGGCAACAGUCCGAGUUGUUCCCUUACGAGGUCCGUGGUAUCGGUACCGGUAUGGCUACCGCUACGAACUGGGGUGGUAACCUCAUCAUUGGUUCAACUUUCUUGACUUUGAUGGACCGUAUUACUCCUUCUGGUACUUUCGGUCUUUACGCCGGUAUCUGUUUCUUGGGUUGGUUGUUCGUAAUCUUCUGCUACCCUGAGACCAGUGGAUUCACCAUUGAGGAGAUUGGAGAGCUUCUUCAGCAUGGGUUCGGUAUUAGGGAGAGUCAGAGGAGGAGGGCAGCGAAGCAGGCUGCUGCUCGGAGCAACAUUGAGUUGGGCGAGAAUGCUUCUCAGGCCUAAUGGGACAUUCAUAAGAGUUUGCAUUGCGUGUGUUUUGCAUAAAAUUUGCUUAGUUGAUACCUAGCAUAGACUUUGGCAUGAGAUGAACGGAAUAGUGAUAAUGAUAGUGACAUUAAGUUAACCAUAACUAUGGCC